GCAUCCGCAUCUCAAAGUUGGCUAUUCUGCGUUUGCCUAUUAACCACUUUCAUGUUUAUGUUUUUUGUUUUAAAAGCGAUAUUGUUAUCAUUUUCACCCACGUUUUCAGGACGACCAAUCUCAUAGUAAAACCAUAAGAAAUACGUUUCUUGCACGGGUAGAAUGUUCCCGCUAAAUGGUUACUACUAGAGAAAUUUAAUGGAUCAUCAGGUUUACUACCGGUUCACGCAGACGAAUGGGGUUCCGCAGGAAUCGAAACUAGCGAAUUAUAUGAGCAUCCAGAAUUCGAGCGCCAACAACCUACACCAGACGUUUCAGAGCAAAUUGAACCUAGAAGCGUCCAUCACACCCAAGAAGACGUUAUCUAGCCCCCAGUGCAUCGGAGGAGCAGGACUGGUAUCAAGUGCUCCAGCUUCACCGAACAUCUUCAACUCCUUCACCCCCACGUUAGAUGCGACUCCAAUCCGGUGCGUCUCGAGCGGCGUCGAGCACCCCGAGAACUCGUCGAGCCAGUCGACCUCCCCGAACCGAGUCAGCAGCUGCUCGCCUAUGUCCCAGGAUGUGUCGGGCAACAACAUCGCCCUAGCGUACCAGGAGAACGUAGGAGGCACGACGUACUUCUACUCCACCACCUCGGAGAGCUGCCACGCCCCCGACGUCGUCAUCAGCACCAACAUCCCCUCGGACUACAAUGUCUAUCCGGGCACCCCCAACCACAUCGCCUCGCUCAAGUCCAAGCAGGACGCGGCCUUCUUCAUCUCGAAGGACCUGCAGAUGGAGAUGAUGAACCGGAACGCGCUGACGCUGAUGCAGAACAACCAGCAGUAUGCCGAUCUUCCACAAGUUGACAGUUACCAUGAAUUGUGCCCUCUGGAGCGGAUUCCGAGUAACUCGCUGCACAAGACGCAUUUGGGGUACCAAGCUUCGAUGUACAAAGCGCUGCAUGUGAAGACUGGGACUCCGUAUUGUUUGAGACGCGUGCAUGGGUUUCGACUCCAAAAUGCAAAGUGUAUGGUAAUUGUUGACUUAUGGAAAAACUUAAACCAUUCCAAUAUUGUACAACUGCAAGAAGUUUUUACUACGAAGGCCUUCGGUGAUAAUUCUUUGAUAUUCGUUUACGAUUACUACCCCGGCUCCGAGACCCUCCUAAGUAAGUAUUUUUCGUCCGAUCAACCCGACCCUUUCGCCCCUGACACUUCACCGAGACCUUAUAGUCAUCAAAAAAAUAACAUUUUGCGCCACCAACAAAACAACAAACUCCCGGAGUUCUUAAUCUGGAACUACAUAAUCCAACUUACUUCCGCCUUGAGAUUAAUCCACUCUUCUGGACUAGCCUGCAGGAGUCUAGACCCCACAAAAAUAAUAAUCACUUCUAAGAAUAGGUUAAGAUUAAGCUGUUUAGGUGUAAUGGAUGUUGUUCUAAACGAAAGCAAUGCCUCAAUGAAUCCUUUAGCUUUAGUCCAGCAUUAUCAGCAGGAGGAUCUGACGGCCCUGGGAAAGUUGGUCUUGGCGUUAGCCUGUAAGUCGACGGUGGCUGUGCAAAGGGAAAACAUUUCCACUGCAGUGGAUAUCAUAAGCCGCUCGUACACGACGGACCUCAGAAACUUGAUUAUGUAUCUGCUCUCUCCACAGCAGAGGAAAAGCAUCACAGAUUUAAUGCCGAUGAUCGGGGCCAGGUUUUAUACGCAGAUGGACAAUUUGCACAGUUAUAUAGAGGUGCUAGAGUACGAGGUCUCUAAAGAAAUAGAGAACGGGAGACUUUUCAGAUUAAUGGCGAAGUUGGGCACUAUUAACGAGAGACCAGAACUGAACAUGGACGGUGCCUGGGCCGAAACAGGCGACAGAUACAUGCUCAAAUUAUUUAGGGACUACGUUUUUCAUCAAGUGACAGAGGAUGGCCGUCCUUGGGUCGACAUGGCACACAUAGUACAAUGUUUAAAUAAGCUAGACGCAGGUGUCCCCGAAAAGAUUUGUUUGAUGUCUCGUGACGAACAAAGCAUGCUGGUGGUGUCGUACGCAGAACUAAAACAUUGCCUAGAACAAUCAUUUCAUGAAAUUCUAAACGCAACGCCAGUGAAAAAGGAUUUAAUCGACGUGGAGGAUAAAUUGUACAUAAAAUGUGAGAACGAAAAAACUGUGAACCUUAAAUAAGUACUGUGGUACCACAUUACUUUGGUAAUGCGGAUCUAGUUUUGUAUUUUCUCCACCGGAAAAUGUUUGCAAUAAUACAUAAUUAAGUAUUUUUUGCUUAAUGGAUUUUCAAAGUUUUAUUUUUUUAUAUUAUUGUAAACAUUUCGACAGCAAUCUUUUCCAUCAAGAAUUUUUAAAAAAUAUUUUUUGUAUGUUAUAUUUAUUUAUAAGAGUAACAAAAAUAAAAGGAAAAUGUGACGGAA